GAAAGUUUAACGCGGGCUUGCAUGCAUUUGUUGCUUUUGCAAAUUAAUUCUGUUUUGAUAGAAAUUACUUACGCGCUAGCUGUACUUUCCUGUGUAAAGCUGUUGUUUGCAGACUACCACUACUUGGAAGCAAGUGACGAGAGUGUUUGGUCGUGAUGAAGAAUUGCACGGACUGGACUUUAACCAAGUUUCCUUUGCAAAGAUUUAUGAGGCGUAGAUGCCUUUCUGCAUCAUCGAGAUUAGGUCAUAUCAGCUGUGCCAAACAACAGUCACCUCCGGACGCUCUCCGGGGCCACUUAUUAGCUUGGACGCAACAGCUUUCUAACCCGUUUUCUCACAUACUUAAAAGUUGCCAACUAGCCAGCGCAUGCGCAGAUACAUUGUUACCUGAAAAUGUUGUUUUCUAAUUGUAUGUCCACAAUCGUCCAG